ACUCCAGGACAUGUUGCUCGAUGUCACCAACAUCGAGCUCGCGCCCUCAGUCCCGUCUCCUACUGUUAGUAACAGUGUCACCAGUACGGUGCCAUUGUAGAUCAGACUGAGGUAGUCUGAUUUUCGACGUACAUGGAACGCAGCAUUGGUUUUGUUUCCGGGUGUGUGGAGUCACACCGCUCACGUUUUGAUCAUGAUAUUCUGAAGCUAAACACCAGAUGAGUUUCGCAUCUUCCAGCCGAAGAACAGUUCUCCCAGACUUCGGCGCUGUUCCCAUGGUGACAGGAGCAGGACUCGUCCAGGAGGCUACAGCUACAGGAAGCCCGCGUGGUUUUGUUCCAGCUCAGAUCUUCUCCAGACCAAGAUGAAGAACCGAGGCGGAGGCUGGCUGGACUCUCGACUUAAACAAAGAGUGAAGCAGUACCUGGCCUCCAGCAGCAGUGAAUAUGUUGACCUGGCAGAGAUGGCCCUGGACCUUCAAAAACAGUACAGAGUGGAGUAUGGCAGAAGGAACAAGACAGCGUUCAGGAUCCAGGUGGAGAAAGUGUUCGAUGCAGUGAAAGAGGACUCUGACCUGAACGACCUGGAGAGCAAACACCUGGCUAAGAGAGCCAGGAGCAGCUGCAACGAAACUGGGGACGGCAGCAGCUCAGACGAGUCGUCAGGAAGCGAUCAACAGGUUCUGGGCAACACGCCCAACAGCUCUGUCACGGCCAUGUACCAUAAGGGCCCUCCGCCAGCCAGCAGGACCAACCCAGCUCCAGAAGAAGGGACCCUGGUUUCCCCCGGAGGCUGGUUCAUUGAUAAGGGCCGGGGCCCCGCCACCAAGCCUGUCUUCAUCGACCUCAGUAAAGACGAGUCGGUCAAUACGGAAACCAACAGAGGCGCGUCCCACCUGGAGCCGGAGACGAGUCAGAAGAAGUCAAAGAAAAGGGCAAAGAGCUCGACUGAGUAUCACAGCACAGACAAGAAAGCCAAGUCCAAGUCUCCAGAGCUGCAGUUCCCCUCUCUGAGGUUUGAGGAUGUGGGGGGGAAUGAGGAGAUCCUGACGGAGGUGUGCAAGCUGCUGGUCCAUAUGCGCCACCCUGAGGUGUACCAGCAUCUGGGGAUGGUUCCUCCCAGGGGCUUCCUCCUGCACGGGCCCCCCGGCUGUGGAAAGACCCUGCUGGCCCAGGCUGUGGCGGGAGAGCUGCAGAUCCCCAUGCUGAAGGUGUCCGCUCCAGAGCUGGUGUCCGGCGUGUCCGGAGAGUCAGAGCAGAAGCUGAGGGAGCUGUUCGACACGGCCGCGGCAUCCAGUCCAUGCAUCGUGUUCAUAGAUGAGAUAGACGCCAUCACGCCUAAAAGAGAGGUGGCCUCUAAAGACAUGGAGCGGAGGAUCGUAGCCCAACUGCUGACCUGCAUGGACGACCUCAACAGCCUGACGGUGACGGCUCAGGUUCUGGUGAUCGGCGCCACCAACAGGCCCGACUCGUUGGACCCGGCCCUGCGGAGAGCCGGACGCUUCGACAGAGAGAUCUGCCUGGGGAUCCCCGACGAGGCCGCUCGGCUCGGGAUCCUCAAGACGCUGUGCAGGAAGCUGACGCUGCCGGAGGGCUUCGACUACCAGCAGCUGGCUCGGCUGACGCCGGGCUAUGUGGGCGCCGACCUCAUGGCUCUGUGCCGGGAGGCCGCCAUGGCCGCCGUGAACCGGGUUCUGCUGGAAACCAGGCCAGUGCCUCCCGGUCUGCCACAGAACUCGGCUGCAGAACCGUCAGGAAGCACGGAGCCUGAGGCUGGAGGGGAAGAGCAGCAGGUAGAGCUGGGGGAACUGGGUCAGCUCCUGGACCUGCUGAGGGACCCGGAGACGCUGACGGAGCAGCAGCUGGCCGGCCUGUCCAUCCUCAUGUCCGACUUCCGGGAUGCGCUGGUCCGGGUCCAGCCCUCGGCCAAGAGGGAGGGCUUCGCCACGGUGCCGGACGUCACCUGGGAGAACGUUGGAGCGCUGCAGAACAUCAGGGAGGAGCUGACCAUGGCCAUACUGGCUCCAGUCCGCUCCCCUGAGCAGUUCAGGGCUCUGGGCCUCAGCGCUCCAUCUGGGGUCCUGCUGGCUGGGCCCCCAGGCUGUGGGAAGACCCUGCUGGCCAAGGCUGUGGCCAACGAGUCAGGCCUCAACUUCAUCUCAGUGAAAGGUCCAGAGCUGCUGAACAUGUAUGUGGGGGAGAGCGAGCGGGCCGUGCGACAGGUCUUCCAGAGAGGAAGCAACUCGGCUCCUUGCGUCAUCUUCUUCGAUGAGAUCGACGCUCUGUGUCCUCGCCGGUCGGGCCACGAGUCAGGAGCCAGUGUGCGGGUCGUUAAUCAGCUGCUGACGGAGAUGGAUGGUCUGGAGACCCGGAGACAGGUCUUCAUCAUGGCUGCCACCAACAGGCCGGAUAUCAUCGACCCGGCCAUCCUGAGGCCAGGGCGUCUAGAUAAAACCUUGUAUGUGGGGCUCCCGUGUGCGGCAGAUCGCCACGCCAUCCUGCUCACCGUUACUAAGGGUGGCACCAGGCCUCAGCUGGAGCCGGACGUCCAUCUGGAGGAGAUUGCCUUUGACGAACGCUGCAGCUCCUUCUCUGGAGCUGACCUGACGGCGUUGGUGAGGGAAGCAUCUGUAAAUGCCCUGAAGGCCUACAUGAAGUCUCAGCACCAUGCUCACACGCAUCCUGCCGGCUGCACAGCUGCCAUCAGGGUCAGCAGACAGAACUUUGAGGACGCCUUCAAGACUGUCCGGCCGUCUGUGUCCAAAAAGGACCAGCUGAUGUAUGAGCAGCUCAGAGAGUCCCUCAGCAGAUGACCGACGAACCGCAGGCAGAUGUCACAACAAUUAUAUAUUUGCAUAUUUCUGUGGAAGUAUUAUUACACACAUCAUUUUUUUUUUUUUUUUUUUUUAUAAAAUAUGUGACAAACUUCUCCACUGUGGCUUCAUUUUAUCAGAUUAUUAGUCAAAGUCACAUGGCAUGAGGGUAUUUCAUUAUAUUUAGGGUCCUUUGUGCCCUAAAUAUAAAUUCCCUUUUUAAAAAAAUGAAAACUAAUUGCUCACCAUGGAUACAUUUGUCUUAUUUUUGUAUCUAGUUGAUAGUUGAUCUUAUUGUGAACAAAUUUGUUUUAAUAUUCACAGUAAGUGAUGUCGGCCCACUGAAGUUUGGAUCGUUUCCUCUCGUCAUUUCACCUGCAUGUGACGAAUAUGGGUCAUUAAUGGAUCUUCUCUUCUUACACCAUGAAACAAAUUUGGCUUUUUCAUUGAUAAGGAGAGUUAGCAGAGACAGCUUGGUUUAAAUAUUUAGUAUGUUACUUUACACAGUUUGGUCACGAUAUGUGAAAAUCGCUGUCAUAUUCUCCCCAUAAGUCGCAAUAUUAGUGGUAAGAUGUUACUUUUCAUUCUUUUGCUUUAGGCCAGUGGUGUCCAGAGUUGGUCCUGCAUGUUUCAGUUCUCUCUCUGGUUCAACACACCUGGAUCCAAUGGUGGCUCAUUAGAGGCCUAAGAAGAACAUUGACCUGUUGAGGAGGAUGUUGUUACCAGCAGGGAGAGAACUAAAACAUGCAGGAUGCCGGCCCUCCAGGACCGACUGUAUCCCACUGCAUAAGGUCGAGGUUUAGCAAAAUAUGGUGUAAAACAGCAACGGUCACAGAAUAUCAUAGAACACCUGCUGGCUCUUUCUGCAAUCUGCUACACUUACAAUCAAAUAGUUCCUGAACCAACAUGAGUCUGUUCAGGCUCCAUCUACAGGUUUUAGCUUUUGUCGACUGAAUCUAAGCAGGAACAGGUGAAACAUUCCUCAUACUAUUUUUCUGUUCCUCUUGACUGAAACCUUUAAGUGUCCACCCUGUUCCAGAUGACUGCAGGAUGUGGUGAUGAUGAAAAAAAAAAACUAUUUGAAACUGAGAAGAAAUUUCCAGUGUAUGAAAACAAGUAGUUUUUAUUACCUUGAGUUAAAAAUCACAAUACUGAACAUGAAACCAAUAAACUGAGCAAGCAGAGCACCGAUGGCAAUAAGUUCAGACUUCAUGUUCACUGAGUCACAGCUUGCUUUGAACAGAAAGUAUGAAAUGAGGCAGGAGCAGCUUCAAUUUCAGGAGGAGGAUUAGAACAAGGUGGUAAACUUUUCUGGUGAUGAAUGUCGGGAGAAAGAAGCUGCACUCUGGAAACGGGUAGAAAUCUCUGACAGCAGUAUAUUGCAGCAGCCUCAGUUCUUUUGCACAGAUCCCACCCAUGACGAUGCUCUGUGCUUCACAUCCAUGACCUAGAAUGUAGCAGUUCAGGGUGGAGGACAUCUGAAGGUCACGCUGCAUCCUGCAGCAGCAGUAGACUGGGCAGUGAGGGUCUCCCAGCAGAGAUGCAGCUAUUGCCUGUUAGCAUCUCUAGACAUGAGACAGGUCAGAGUUCUGAAAGCUCCACUCCGUUAUCACUGGAACAUCCACAACCUCUGUAGCAUGUGCCAACUAUCAGGAACUUUAGUGCAUGGGUAGCCCCAUAAAUACUUGUGUUGUCAUGGAGACACAUUGACCUUUGUUAAAUAAGCGUGGACAGUUGCAUCAUUGAGGCCUUGAGAUUGCUUGUGGCAAAGGUUAGCGUGGGUUAGUUAAUCUGAGCGGCAAACCAAGAUGGUGGACAGAUUCGGACGCAGGCUUCCCCUCGAGCUUUUCGGCACGAGAAGCCUCCAUCUGCAACAUUACUGAGAAUAUUUACGAUCGACUUCAGCACAAUACAGCUGAAUCUGUUCAAACACUCUAAUAAUUGGUCUUCAUUUAAAUGUUCUUUUUUAACUUCCACCAGGCCACUGGUGAUUUUCAGAGGUGGGGUUGUGUGAAACAAACAGACACAGAAACACAAAGAGUUUUCACUCACUGAUUGACUAAAAUGAAACGUGUCCAUGUCGCUGCUGCACACGGCUGCAGCUACGCCCCAGGGCCACUAGCCAGGCGGUGCUAAGCUCCGUCCGAUUCUGGCAGAAUCCCAGAAAAAAAGAAAAAAAAACAACAAAAAAACAGAAAAAAGGUUCUGCUGGGAUGGAAAUACUGAGCGCCGGGAUAUCGGAGAACCCAGAAAGAGAAGCCAGGAGGUCAAAAGGUCGGCCAAUUUGUAGAGACACGUCACAAAGUUUAAAGUUUAAACCAGUUGGACUUUAACUCAACACAUCUGCUUUACGUUUUAGUUUGUUUUGGGGUUUUUUUUUUCAAAUGUAGUUUAAGAUUUACAGUUUAAACCACCUUACUGACCCACCACACAUAAACCUCCCCACCACACUUUGUAUGUAGUACGGAAAUCACCAUAGCAACCAUUGGUCCUCAUAUUAUUCCACUGCAGUUGCCCUAUUAGAGCCACUAUAACUGUUACGACGAAUCAGAAAUGAAACCGACAGGAAAGCUUCAAAACCGAGCUUACCAAAACAGGAGUCAUUUUAUUUUAACAUACAAUGUUACUAUGGCAACCAUUUAAACUAUAGAAUAAUCAGAACUAAAAAACAAA